AUGCAGGUCAAGAAUUCCUUGCUCCUGCUCACGGCCUUGACGGCUGGUUCCGCUGUUGCCCGCCUUCACGGUCAUGAGCGCCGUCACGCUCACCACCAGGAGAAGCGUGAUGUCGGCGACGUUGUCUACGCCACCAUCAACGGUGUCGUGGAAUCAUGGGUCAACGAAUGGUCCGGUGAAGCAGCCACCACCACCUCCGUGUCUGUUGAUCUCCCCACCCCGGUUGCUGUUGAAGCCACUACCUCCGUUGCUUCUUCCGUUGAGGCCACUGCCACCGCCUUAUCCUCAUCCGGCUCCGUUAGCGCUGACUGGACCUCCACUCCCGCCGAUGGCCAAUUCUCUCGCAAAGGCUUUGGCGGCCAGACCGCAUCUGGCGGUAGCGGAAUUUUCUUCAAGGGCAACGUUGGCAACCCCUGGGGUUCCAACAUCAUCGAAGUCGCCGCUGAGGAGGCUUCGCAAUACAAGCACGUCGCCCAAUUCAAGGGCUCCAACUCCGAACCCUGGACUAUCGUUUUUUGGAACAAGAUCGGCCCCGAUGGUGGUCUUAAUGGCUGGUACGGCAACUCGGCUCUGACUCUCAAUCUUGGCGCUGGUGAGGUCAAGUAUGUUGCCUUUGAUGAUGACUCUCAGGGCGGCUGGGCUGCCGCUAAGGGUAGCGAGGUCCCUAAGGAUGCCUUCGGUGGCUGGGCUGCUACCUGGGGUGAGUUCGACUUUGCCUCCACUAUCAACAACGGCUGGUCCGGCUGGGAUGUUUCCGCUAUCCAGGCCCAGGCUGCCAACAUGGAGGUCCAGGGCAUGAAGAUCUGUGACCACCUCGGCCAGGGUUGCUCCAGCAUUGCGCGCAACGCUGCCAGCAUCAUCAACGCCUACGUCAAAUCCCUGGCUGCCGUUGAUAGCAUAGGUGGCAACAAGCAGUCUGGCCCCGUUCGCCUCACUGUCGAAAUUGACUUUGAGUAA